AUGUCUACUUCGCCUCUAGUCCACGAAACUUCAGGCCGCACAGACCUGGCCAGCGCCUUUCGUGCGUGCUGGACUACGCAAUUGCUCAACUUGCGGCUCCUCGAGAACGAGAUCGCCCACAUGGAUCGUACAGUAUAUCAAGCUGGUCUCAGCCUUGGUCUGAGUCCGUCACCAAUCGACCGACUUGGCCUUGCGCACAGCAAGAGAGACGCCAAUGUUCCAAAGGUCGACGACAUGAUCACCCGAGAUUUCAUUCUGAAGCUACUCCUUGCGCUGACAGAUACCAUGCAUACAGACGAAGCACUCGCUGCCUUCAACAACGUCAUGACCAUGGAGACGUUUUCGCUUCUCGAUGACGAGCAACAGGCUAGCCUGCGGGAUGAUCUUAGUCUGUACGAAGCGCAAAAGACUAGACUGCUUAGAGUGGACCUAGGGACUCGAUUGCGGACCGACCCGUUCCAGCGCUGGCUCCACAAGUACUUGAGGGCCUUCCGCUACUGGAAACUGUCGCGAAAGGCCAAGAACAACAGCGAAGGCCUUGGUUCGAUAGCUGGUAAACAGCAGCAGUGGACUUACCAGAACACGAUACUGCUGGCCGAGGUCAUCGGACGUGUGACGACUGCAGCGCUGACGGCGGUCUUCAUUAUUGCACCGUUGGCCAUCAUGUCGAACGAGUCGUCAAAGAAAGUACAGCUCGUCGUCGUUUCGGUGUGUAUCAUCAUCUUGUCUUUCCUCGUAUCGCUCUUCCUGAAGGUGUCGAGCUUCGAGAUGAUGGCGGUGUCUGCUGGGUACGCUGCUGUUCUUUCGGUAUUCGUUUCCAAUGUCCCGGCAAGCGCGGAGUGA